AUGGCGUCGCGUUUGGUCAAAAGCGCCCUGGGCGCUGCCCGGGUUCGCCCAACUCUCCCUAUCCGCUCCACGAUCCCGGCAAUUUCCACCACCUUCUCGACCUCGAGCUCGCGCUUCUCCGAGAAUGUCCCUCAGAAAGAGCCAAAGGCUGUGGCCACAUCGAUCUUGGAUGGACUCCCAGGCAACAGUGUUGCGGCUAAGACCGCCAUUCUGUCCGCCGGUGCUGGUUUGUCAGUUGCAGCUAUCAGCAACGAGAUUUACGUCGUCAACGAAGAGACCAUCGUCAUGGUCGCGCUUCUCACUGUCUACUACGCCAUGUUCACUUACGGAGGACCUGCAUACAAGCAAUGGGCGGACAGCCAGACCGAGAAGUUCAAGAACAUCCUGAACUCGGCACGAGCCGACCACACCAAUGCCGUCAAGUCUCGCAUUGAGAACGUCAAGGACCUCAGCGGUGUCAUUGAUGUCACCAAGAAUCUCUUCGAGGUCAGCAAGGAGACCGCCAAACUCGAGGCGCAGGCUUUCGAGUUGGAGCAGAAGACUGCCAUCGCUCACGAGGCCAAGUCCGUCCUGGACUCAUGGGUUCGUUACGAAGGCCAAGUCAAGGCCAGACAACAACAGGAAUUGGCCCAAUCCAUCAUCACGAAGAUCAACAAGGAACUUGACAACCCCAAAUUCUUGGACCAGGUCCUCAAGCAGAGUGUCGCUGAUGUCGAACGUGAGUUGUGUCGUCUGCUUUUAUUGUGCAGACAUGAGCUAAUCCGAUUCUCAGGCAUUGUGUCGCAAAAGGCAUAAAUGAGUCACGUGACUGACUGAAGCAAGCCAUACCGCAGAAAGCGCUGUAUAUAAGUUGACUUUUGCAAAGCUCGGUCUGAAUCAAUAGUUUCCUUUGUCGUUCUGCUGAUAGAUGAUCCCGACCUUGGAAAUAUUGGAUCGACUCCUCUUAUUCUCAUCCAUGUGUUGUGCCUGUCACAGUCAAUGCU